AUGGGGAACGCAGUAAAUAAAAUAGCGCUUCUUACAAAUAACAAUGUCGAGGAAAAUAGGAAAGCACCUGACAAGAAGUAUAAUAUAUUAAUUUUAGGCCUUAAUGGUUCAGGAAAAACGACACUAUUAUACCAUAAUUUUAUUCCUGAAUGGACUACCAUCACUUCUCACAUGGAACCAACAGUAUCUUAUCACUAUGAAGAAAUUAAGUCAAUAAAUGGAAGAAUUGGUUUUUGGGAUCUUUCGGGAAAUCCAAUAAUGAGGAAUAUUUGGCAAUUAAUUUAUAGAAAUGUAAAAGUAAAUGCAAUUUUGUACGUUAUUAAUAUAAUGGAUAUAUCGGAUGAAAGUAUAACGGAGAAUAAUUUACUAAUAAGCCUUUUGCUAAAUGAUGAGUGUUUACAAGCGUCUUGUAUUGUUUUAGUGUUUAAUACUUUUAAUGAUGUAAACAAUAUAGAUGAAAGUACUAAAAAUCAACAGUUAAUCAAGUAUAAAAUUAAAGAUUUAAUUGAUCAUUAUGGGAAUAGAAUUCACCACAUUUUUGUAGAUUGCAAAAAUUGUAAAUUAGACAAGAAUUGGAUGGACUUAAUGCAACAAAUUUCUUAUUAUUUUUGA